AUGGUGCCUCUGCUAGAACCGAGCCCGGUCCGAGUAAAGACGGCACCACUGGCGGCAACGAAGAUCCGGGGCGAGGGAGCGCGAGUCUUGCACUCCCGUCGGCGGAGAUGGAGGGUUCGGCGACAGGGGGGAAAUCACGGAGGCGAUCCUCGCGCCGAGCAUGCCGCAACCAAGGAGUCCGAGGAGGCAGCAACGCAACACCAUCUGACGCUGCUCCAGCCGAGCGUGGUCGAAGUUUCUGCAGCCGUGCUGGAUAAGGACAAGGUGGCACAGCACGAGUCGGUGGGGCUGGUCGGUGGCUCUCCUCCUUCUGGUGGACGGGGAAGGCGUAGGCAAAGGAAGAGCGAUGGGGAGGAGGAUGAUGACACCGCCGUGCCCGGGGACCUCACCACGCGGGCGAAGAGGCGCCAGAUGACAGGUAGUGCUGACAACGCCGGAGGCGCGGAAGUUGACACACCGCGAGGCGCCAAGGAAGCUAGUGGCAAGGCGGGCGGUCAAGCAUUGCGCCAGAAGGGCCGCCCCGCAGCAAGAAAAGCAUCUGGCGGAAGGAGAGGCAAGAAAGCAGCGACAGGAACGAGGCCGAAACGGGGCGAUGAAGACCCCGGUGAAAGUGAGGAGCACGAGCAGUUUGUUACACGGGAGGAGUUCCAGGCGCUGCGGUCUGAGAUGUACGCCAUGUUUGCACAGCUCGGCCUGCGUCGUGGAGUACCUGCCAGCUAUGCCGGCGGGUCGGCAGCCCUGCCUAUGGCUGGUACCCCGCCGCCGAUGAGCGCCGUGGACAAGGCACGAGUGCUAGUGUUGCAGGAGACAAACCCAUUCCCGGUAUGUGGCGGGCCAAAUGGGGCGGGUUGGGGUUGA